GGAUAGUUGAUUGCAAACAACGUGGGAAUUUCACCAUCAUGAACAGCACAUUGUUCCUCCGACCCGGUAGACUUCCAACAAAUGCCAACCGUAUUCGUUACCGUGCAUGGUCCUUCCGGCGCACACUAAUUGCGGCGCCAGGCCCUCGCUCGGGGCCCCUCCUAAGUCGAAGGGCCGACCGCGAACUUCCGUCAAUUGAUUCCCAUCGGCGGUGGAUUCGAACUCUUCCUUUAUUUGCUGCAGCCAUUGGUGUCUCCAUGUUGGCGAUAUUCAACUACCAAAAGUCAUCUUCGAGUGUCGUGAACAGCACCAUGUAUGCCCUUAGAACAUCUCCCAAAGCGAGAGAGUUUCUGGGGGAUGAGAUCUACUUUGCGCAAAAGAUACCAUGGAUUGGCGGAGAAAUCAAUCAACUUCAUGGACGGAUAGAUAUUUCGUUCUGGGUCAAAGGAACACGUGCGAAGGGGAAGAUGCGGUUUAAGAGUACUAGAGAAAAUCGCAUGGGUUUUUUCCGUACUGAAGACUGGAGCCUGGAGAUGGAGGAUGGGACAAUGGUUCGGUUGUUAAAUGCAAGCGAUGGCGAUCCAUUCCAGCAUUCAAUUGGGACGGAGGCCGACCAACAGGCUACGUCUUCGAUAUAGAACAGUCAUUCACAUCCUGAAUUAUCAAGGCUUUCUCUCCUAUCAUCGAGGAUUGGCCCGGCGUUUACAUUUUUGUUUAUGUUUGCUGGAGUUUUGGCGAAGUGAUGUUGGAUUAGGGGGGAUAGGAUACAUUGGUGUUCUAGACUGAUUGAUUCCACACUCAAAAUGUAACUGAAUAGUUGCUAAUGUACAAUACAAGAAGGAAAUAUGGGUCCGU